GAUCUUUAUCUCAGAGACUCAUUGUCAUGUUCAGUCCAUGACAAUCAUCUGAUUGUCUUCACAAAGAUACCAGUGUUGAACUAUUGGUCUGCAGAGGAGUGAGGGAAGAUGAGUUACUCACAGAAACACAGUGUAAGAUCAGGUUCGUGUGUAUCCAGCUCUGUGUCUGUGAAGAGUGAUGAUUCAAAACAAGGAGGUCUCCCAAAUUUCAGUAGAGAAACUCUGUCACCUACCACAAGUGUUCAAAAUGAGACUUCAGGCUCAGACAUCCAGAAACAACACAACAAUUUUAAAGACAAUCUUCAGGGGCUCUUCCAGGAUCUUGAGAACCAAAUAAUGAAGUUUCUGAAGAAUGAGCUAGAAAAGUUUAAGAAAAUAUUACAUGAAGAAAACACACACUACUUUGUAAAGGACUUUAAUGAGAACAGGUGCAGAAUAAAAGAAGCAGCUCUUGAUAUCACAUUUUACUUCCUGAGAGAAAUGAAGCAAGAUGAAGCUGCUAAUACUCUAGAAGAUGAGCUGUUCUUCAUUCAUCAGCUGAAAUGUGGCCUACAGAAGAAGUAUCAGUGUGUAUUUGAAGGAAUUGCACAGCAAGGAGACUCCACACUCCUGAAGAACAUCUACACAGAUCUUUAUAUCACUCAGGGUGGCAGUGAACAGGUCAAUAAUGAACAUGAGGUCAGACAGAUUGAAGUUGCUUCCAGACGUCAUAAAGCUCAAGAGAUACAGGUUGAAUGCAGACAUUUGUUUAAAGCGUCUGAACAAGACAAGCAGAUCAGAACUGUCCUGACAAAAGGAGUCGCUGGCAUCGGGAAAUCAGUCUCUGUGCAAAAGUUUGUUCUGGAUUGGGCUGAAGGAAAAGAAAAUCAAGAGAUCAGCUUCAUAUUUCCUCUUCCAUUCAGAGAGAUGAACUUACAGGAGAAAAAAAAACUCAGUUUGAUGGAGCUUAUAACUCAGUUUUUCCCAGAGACAAAAGGACUGAACCUUACAAGAAGGAAUCGAUUCAAAGUCCUGUUCAUCCUUGAUGGAUUGGAUGAAUGUCGUCUUCCUCUGAACUUUGCUGGUAAUGAGAUGUGUUGUGAUGUUUCGUCACCAGCCUCUCUGGAUGUUCUCCUGACGAACCUCAUCAAGGGAAAUCUGCUUCCUUCUGCUCUCAUCUGGAUCACCAGCAGACCAGCAGCUGCCAGUAAGAUUCCUCCUGACUGUAUCGAGCGGCUGACAGAGAUACGAGGAUUCAAUGAUGCACAAAAGGAGGAGUACUUCAGAAAAAGACUGACAGAUGAGAAUCAGGCCAAAGAAAUCAUUGAUCAUGUUAAACAAUCAAAGAGUCUCUUCAUCAUGUGCCACAUCCCAGUCUUCUGCUGGAUUUCAGCCACUGUUCUCCAGAACAUUUUACAGGAGAAGAGAAAUAAUGAUGUGAAACACAAUCAGGCUGAUCACACCUCCAAAACACUGCAGGAAUCAAACACUGAAGACACUCCCAAGACUCUGACACAGCUGUACACACACUUUCUGCGCUUUCAGAUCCAGCAGAGCAGACGAAAGUAUGAUGGAGAAUACACACCAGAUGUGUCCUGGGAUAAAGACGCCAUCCUUUCACUGGGAAAACUGGCAUUUGAUAAUCUGCAAAGAAACAACCUGAUCUUCUAUGACACAGACCUGGAAGCCUGUGGUAUUGACGUCUAUAAGGCCUCAGUUUACUCAGGCAUGUGUACCCAGAUCUUUAAGAAGGAAUCAGGGAUUGUACUUGGUACCAUGUACUGCUUUGUUCACUUGAGCAUUCAAGAGUAUUUUGCAGCCCUUUAUGCACAUCUGAUUCUGGACAUCAACAAGAAAAGUGUGUUUGAUCAAGACUCUAAAAACAGAAAUGAGUCCAUGAUUGAUUUGCUGAAGACUGCAGUGGACAAGACACUUGAGAGUGACAAUGGACACCUGGACCUUUUCCUUCGCUUCCUUCUCGGCUUGUCUCUCCAGUCCAAUCGACGACUCUUACGAGGUCUGUUGACACAGCAAGAACACAAUGACCAGAGCAAAGAGGAAAUAGUUCAGUACAUGAAGCAGAAGUUUGAAGCGAAUCUUUCUCCAGAGAGAUCCAUCAAUCUGUUCUACUGUCUGAAUGAACUAAACGAACAAACUCUGGUGAAAGAGAUUCAGACUCACCUUAGCAAAGGAAGUCUCUCAUCUGCUGAUCUUUCACCUGCCCAGUGGUCUGCUCUGGUAUUUGUGUUGUUGACAUCAGAGGAGGAGAUGGAGGAGUUUGAGCUUCAGAAAUUCAAGAAAUCAGACGAGUGUCUCAUCAGACUAUCAGCAGUUGUCAAAUCCAGCAGAAGAGCUCUGUUAAAUGAUUGUAAGUUAACAGACAGAAGCUGUUCAACUCUGGCUGCAGGUCUCAUAUCAGAAAACAGUCUGAAAGAGCUGAACAUGAGCAAUAAUAAUCUGCAGGAUUCAGGAGUGAAGCAGCUCUGCACUGGACUGAAGAAUAUUAAGUGCGAGUUAGAAAUCCUGAGUCUUUCAGACUGCAGUAUCAGUGAAGAAGGUUAUAAAGCUCUGGCUUCAGCUCUGAGAUCAAACCCUUCACACCUGAUAGAGCUGGAUCUCAGAGGAAAUGAUCCUGGACAAUCCGGAGUGAAGGAGCUCACUGAGAUAUUGCAUGAUCCACACUGUACACUAAAGACACUGAGGUGAGAGAGAGGGAAAUAA